CAGCUCUGUGUGAGAAAUGUGCUAUUGCCUCAGCUCCUGCGUUUGGCCCGAUGCUUACACUUGCUACUAACAUACUGAUGUGGAUGAGUGUUGUGCUGGAUGAGUCAUUAAAGCAGUUGGAGGAAAUGUAUGAUAUCCGGAAAGAAUCGAUGGUGCCAGGUCCUCCAAUGCUGCUGCCAUGACCUUCGUAAACGUGCGUGGAGCUGAUGACAGACCAAAUGGAAGGGCUACGAACUGCCAAUGCUGCCCAUUCACGUAGAAUCUGAGGAAGCCAUGAUGCGCUGGGUGGAUCGGUAUGUGAAGAUAUGCGUCCUUGAUGUCUAUGACAGUCAUGAACUCGUUUUCUUCCAUGGAUGAUAGAACCGACUGAAUCGAUUCCAUUUUGAAAUGGCAUUUUCUGACGAAGGGAUUGAGAUCCUUGAGGUCUAAGACGGGUCUGAGGGAACCGUCUUUCUUGGGAACCAUGAAGAGGGGUUAUUCUACACAGGGCACUUGUUCAGCUGGUGUGCGUUUUUUCUUAGAGACCCUGGAGCGCGCCUGCCCAUAGCUCUUAUACGGCUACCCUCUACUGCACUGUCUGCUACCGUGUUUCCCUUCAGCUACACGUUCAGUUCACACUUCAGGCAAGUCACACAUUCCAUUUUUCUUGCCCUGUAACAGUUUUUUUAUGCAAAUAAAUGCUGUAUACAUUCUGAUGCCACAGGAAGCAUGGGACUGAGGGGUCACCCUUCUUAUCUCUCUCGCUCUCUCUGCAGGCCAUUUCUACAGCACCUAUCAGCAAUUUAGUGCCUGUCUGCACUCCCCUGCCUCAAAAAAAAAAAAAAAAUUAUUUUACAUCUUAAGGGAUCCAUUGGGGAUUAUAGCUACACCUACCAUUCUCUUACCGAGAAGGAGUGAAAUGGCUAAUAAAGCAGAAGAGCCCAGGACCAACAAGUCCUCAGCUCAAACACACCCACAGGUUUCUUUUUUAGCCUGCUCUAAUUGUAAGGAAAAAUUUACUUCAGCCUCGGCUGAUUCAUUGUGUGGGGCCUGCAGAAAACCUGACUCACUGCCUCUUACACAGGCAACAAAUUCAGACUCUGAACUACUUAGGGCCUUAUCCCUCUCACUUGCAGGCAUCCAGCACCUGGCCCGCAUACCCGAGACCUUAGAUAAGGUUCUUGAGUGUUUAUCUCAACCCUCUCAUUCUGACUCCCGCCCAGGGACCUCAAAACGUCAUGCUCUCUCCCCUCCAGACUCUCCAGGGGAACUUCUCAGCCCCUCAGACGAGGAAGGUCAGGUCAUAUACGCGGAGGACUCUGAUCAGGACCACCCUGAUCUAGACAUAGACUCUCCAAGAACCCAGGGGGAGGUGGAGGGACUCAUUCAAGCUGUACUAAACACACUGAACAUCGAAGAUUCUGCCACCUCAGUUGAACCAGCGAAAAACAUUUUUAAGAGACACAAGAAGAGCUCAUGUGUGUUCCCAGCAUACGAACAGCUCGACUAAAUAAUCAAGUCCCAAUGGAAAAAUCCUGAUCACAGGGUGCAGCUUUCCAAACGCUUCACCCAGACUUAUCCAUUUCCAAGGGAAUGCGUCGACCUCUGGUCUUCACCUCCCGCAGUGGAUCCUCCGGUUUCCAGACUAUCCAGAAAUACCACCAUUCCGGUUGCCGUAGCGGCCGCAUUUAAAGACCCCAUUGACAAGCGUCUCGAAGGUUUCUGCAAAUCCACCUUCACAGCUUCAGGUUCCGCCUUUCGACCUAUCUUCGCUAUAGCCUGGGUGGAGAAGGCCAUGGAGGUCUGGGUGGAACAAGUGGCAAAACUCAUCGGAUCUGAAGAACCUACUAACGACAACUUGCUAUCCCAAAUAGCAGACGCCACUACCUACAUCGGAGACGCAGCUCUUGACGCAGCCCGGAUGGUUGCUCAAGCCUCAGCUCAGUCCGUAGCCGCUCGCAGAUUCCUGUGGUUAAAAUCUUGGUCCGCUGACCUAACAUCCAAACGUUCCCUAGUCAGCAUACCCUUCCAGGGAAAACUUCUCUUCGGGGCCGAACUUGAUAAGAUUAUUUCUCAAGCGACCGGGGGUAAGAUCACCCUCCUCCCUCAAACUCGGCCCAAGAGGCCACCGUUCAAAAGGAGACCAUUUUUUCGUCCCUUCAGACAAGGACAAAGGUCCAAGACGCAACCUGACAAGUCUACCUCUAACUUUCGCUCCCGCUUCCAGGGCAAACAACGACAGCCUUGGUCUGCAUCCAAGUCUACCUCCAAAUCCUCUCAGGACAAAUCUCACACUGCAUGAAGGUGUGCCCCCUCCCGAAGGGAUCCCCUUAGGAGGCCGUCUCACAUCCUUUCGAGAGGGGUUAUUCUACACAGGGCACUUGUUCAGCUGGUGUGCGUUUUUUCUUAGGGGGUACAUUUGUACAGGCCUAAAGGGGGACCCGGCUGUGAUGCACAUUUCAAAUUAGCCGGGCCCCCCUUGACAGCGCUGAACCGCCAAAGUCACAUAGAGUCAAAGAUCUGAAGCACCAAUGACCUAAAGCCGUGAACAGACCCGAAGCCGCAAAAAGACUCAAAGCACCGAAGACACAAAGCCGGAGCCGCGAAAGGCCCCAAAGCUAUGAAAAGACCUGAGGUUGAAGUCCUGAAGCUACAAACAGACCCGAAGCUAUGAAAGGAGCCUAAGAGACAGCUAACCCUGAAUAUUUUAUUGGACCAUCAAAGACACGUUAAAAUCUGUGACUUCAGCCUGGUAAAACAGAGCAUCUUUGAUGGCGACCUAACAACUGGCUGGGCCGGAAUCAUGGAAUACAUGGCGCCAGAGAUUCUAAAGAGAAAAGCAUACAAUGCAACAGUAGACUGGUGGUUAUUUGGUGUCACCAUCUGUGAAAUGGCCACUGGUAUGUCACCCUUCAACAACAGUGACACCAAGGAGCUUAUUAAUUCCAUCAAAUUCUGUGAUCCAGAGCUACCUGAUUGGCUGGAUGAAGAUCUAAAACAUCUUCUGGGACAGCCUGUGCCCAGGUGAUGAUGUCAUCAGGUGGCACCUUCCACUAAGCAAGAGACCUCAACCGUUAUGACAGUUGGUGUGACAGCGUCAAAGAGAGAAGAAGCAGAAGAGAGAGCUCCAGUGGAUUUCAAGAGAAUAUGAAGAGAAUACAUUCUACUUCCAUCGAUUCGGAUCCCCCACCUUCAAAGGAGAAGAAGAGAAGAGAAGACCAUGAAGAAGAGCAAGAAGAAAGCCAGAAAGAGAAGAUAGAGAGCAGUUUGGAGGAACAGCUAUCAGAGAAGGGCUGCAGGGAGGAGAGCAUACCCUCUGGUUUCAAAGAUUCUGACCCCCAGCCCUCAAAGGUGAAGAAAAGAAGAAAAGAACAUGAAGAAGAGGGAGAAGAAAACCAGAAGGAGAGGAGAGAGAGCAGUUUGGAGAAACAGCUGCCAGAGAAGGGCUGCAGGGAGGAGAGCAUACCCUCUGGUUUCAAAGAUUCAGACCCCCAGCCCUCAAAGGUGAAGAAAAGAAGAAAAGAACAUGAAGAAGAGGGAGAAGAAAACCAGAAGGAGAAGAGAGAGAGCAGCUUGGAGAAACAGCUGCCAGGUAAGGGCUGCAGGGAGGAGAGCAUACCUUCUGUUCUCAAAGAUUCAGAUCCGCAGUCCUCAAAGGUGAAGAAAAGUGAAGACCACGAAGAAGAGGAAGGAAAAAAACAGAAGAAGAAGAGAGAGAGGAGUGUAGAUGACCAUCUGCAAGUUGAGUGCUACAGGGAGAAGAAACGGAGUAGGCAGGAGACUGAUGAAGGAGAAGCUGGACCUGUGAGUGUAGAAGCUCAACCUUCAAGGCUAAACCCGCUCAGUAUCUCCAGUUACAACUUCUACUCUAAGUUGGGAGCAGGAGGAUAUGGCAAAGUAAUGCUGGCUUCGUUAGGAGACAGGAGGCCAUAUGUGGCUGUAAAAUCUGUCGGCAAACGAGAGCUCCCAGAUUACAGCAGCCUUCUCUCAGAGUCUCAAGUGCUGAACAUCGGCAGACACAGCCCAUUUCUUUGCCAAGGCUUUGCCGCUUUUCAAACCCAGUGGCAUGCCUUCUUUGUAAUGGAGUACCUGAGUGGGGGAAGCCUUGAGGAUGAGCUGAAGCGACACGGGACGCUGCCCAUAGAGAGAGUACGGUUCCACUCUGCGGAGAUGAUUUGCGGCCUACAAUACCUGCACGGCCUCGGGAUUAUUCAUCGAGACAUCAAACCCAUGAAUGUUCUAUUGGACCAUCAAGGACACGUUAAAAUCUGUGACUUUGGCCUGGCAAAGCAAAGCAUCUUUGAUGGUGACCUAACAACUGGCCGGGCCGGAACCAUAGAAUACAUGGCGCCAGAGAUGCUGAACAGAAAAACAUACAAUGCAGCAGUUGACUGGUGGUCAUUUGGCAUCACCAUCUGCAAAAUAACCACUGGAAUGUCACCGUUUCACAACAGCGGGAACAUGGAUCAGCUCAUUUGUUCCAUCAAAAACCAUCAACCCAAUAUACCCGACUGGCUGGAUGAAGAUCUAAAACAUCUUCUGGGGCAGCUACUAGAAAAGAAUCGGAAGCAACGCCUUGGUGUUCGAGGAAACAUCAGAUGCCACCCAUUCUACAAAGCUAUCGAUUGGGCGGCACUGGAAGAGGAAAGAUUACAACCCCCUUACCAGCCGAGAACACCACCACCAGACCUAUUCCAGCCGUGUAAAGAGAAGCUGUCAUUCCUGGAGUACAAGGAGGAUGAAGGAACAUCAGGGGGCAGUGACACCAUUCCCGGCUUCUCAUUUCAAAGUUCCACCUGGCUGACGUAAGUAUGUGUAGGCGUUUAAUCCAGCCAAUAAAAACAAUUUCCUAUUCCAUCAGCACAGGUUUUAUGGGACAGUGGACAUGAUUGUGGGCUGCAAGAACUUUUCCGCUUGCUGCAUGAAGGCCAGAUCAUCUCUUGCGAUUCCUGCUUCAACCUUCGGCUCCACCUUCACCUGGGAUUCCAUCUUCCAGGGUAUGAGACUGCUGGGUAACAUCAGGCCUAGAAUUAUGAGGGGCAGUCACUCAUUUGGCACAUCACACGUAAGUAUAGGUGGGUAUCUUUAUGUGAGUGAACGUGAGAUAUGAAAGGAUAAGGGUGUAACAGAAGGCAAAGCAGAGUCUAAGAUCACAGCCUGCUUUGUCUUCCUGCACAUCAUGUCUAUGGAACCAAUACCCUGUUAGUUAUUUAUAUAGUUCUAAAGUUCUCAUAGUUGGGUAGAAAUCCAGAUCAAGGGUUUUUUUUCCAUCUGAAGUAAGAUGGGUUUUUUUUUUUUACCUUGUCCUGGAAGUUAGUUAUUUAUUUAGCUCUAUAGUACUCAUAGUUGUGUAGAAAUCCAGAUCAAGGGUUUUUUCCCAUCUGAAGUAAGAUGGGGUUUUUUACCUUGUCCUGGUAGUUUUGAUGUUAAAUGAGCAAAGGGUGGGACAUAGACACGUGCAGUUUAAGCCUCGUUUGUUGUCUUUGUUUGUCACGUUUGUCCUGUUGUGUGAGGCGUUACACCCGGCGUGCCGGUAACAAGGUUGAAGCCUUGACGUGGCGUUACUGCUCACAUGUAUAAACAUGUGCUAAUUCAACCAAUGCUGAGAGUGUGAGUGAUGUAUUGUUUCAUUGGCAGAAUUUGUUUCACUUGCUCAUAACCUCUUU